UGAAACCUAGCAUUACUGAAAUGACCCAAAAGAGACCACAUUUUACUCACCCUUUCUUCCUUGGACUCAACAUACACUAUCUCCAGCAGAAGGCAAUUCUGUACAUCAAACGGCACAAAUUGAAAAUGGGAUAUCCUGAAGAAAUGGACGUGCAAACGCGUCUCGCUAUGGAUGAACUUAGGAAACGGUUCGAUAUGGCUUCACUGCUUACUUUGGAUACUUUACUCACAUUCAUCGAUGGACAAAUGAACAUCCUCCACCGUCACAUUGAGAACGGAACGAAGGAGGUGGAAGAACAUCUCGAUAAAGAAGCCAAGAAAAUUGAUCCUAAUAAGAAGAAAAACCCUAUGACUUUUGAGAGUGAAUUAGAAUCUGUUGUUGGACCAUUUAAUAAAAUGCAUGGAGCUUUAUCUGAGGCUAAAAAAGAGCUUGAAUCCACACGUCGAAAAUACUUUCCUUAAUUUGGAUAUGAAACUUAUAUAGAUGUCAUUCUAUUCUAAAUUAAUAAUAAUCUGAAUUAAAUGAACACAUUGUUUGUGCAGAUAUUAUCAA